AUGAAAGGUGAUCUUUUAGACGUUGCAAACAGUGACGUUGAUCAUUUGGCUGACCGAGUACGAGAGAUGCAGACGAGUUUGAACGUGUUACGAGACUUACCAGGUGCUAGGGAACGCAAACAGACAUUGGAGAGACUUUGUGUGCAGAUUGAAGCAGCAGUACUGCCUAGACUCGCCUCCAAGCUCCGAGAGGACGAUCUGGGUGAUGUGAAACCGUUACGCUGGUGUCUCAAUGUGCUUGACAGUGUUGACAGAGCUCGCCUUGUAAGAGAAGAAUUCUGUCGAGCAAGACCGGCAAAUGUGCACCGUAUCUGGGACGCAUUCAGUGAUGCAAUGAAGACUGGACCAGACGAUACGGAUGAUAACAAAGACGCCUUUGCAAAUUGGCUCGAUAAUUUCUACGGGGAUGUACUAAGGAUGCUGCAACGCGAGAGUCGCAAUACUCGGGAAGUUUUUGGUGCUGAUAUGUUAAUUAGUAUUCUGCUUGUGCUUCUUCGUAACACACUGGAGCCUCUUACCAAGUCAUUUCGAGACCGUCUUGUGCACAGCAGUUCUUCAGGCUCGGACUUUUGUCUUGGUCGGCUAUUGCGCUGCUUCCGCUUGACACGAGGAUUCGCUGGUCAAUUAGUGCAGCUUUUCAAGUCGCUGGAAAAUGAACUCGGUGUAAAUCUAGCCGAAAGCGAUGACAGAGCUGUAAGCGCCGAAGGCAUUCUACGCAUUGUUUUUGAGCCGUAUCGACUGUAUUUCACAGAAUAUACGCGCUUCACUAGCAACGCUCUUACUGAUGCGCUACUACGCCUCGUGCCUUCUUUUAACGUGACAAACAACGAAGUACUGGAUAGCGAAGAACACGUAGACGAAGUCCGAGAUGAAGCAGCUAUUGCACCACUCGAGGAUUUCUCACAACGACUUGAGGAGGCAUCAGAAGCAGUUUGGAUGCUUGUGGAUGAGAGUCUACAGCACUGUUAUGAAUUCACAGGUGGGGCCGCUUUUCCAGAAGCCGUAGAAGCCAUCGGUGCGGCAGUGCAGCAAUUUACGCUAGCUUUGGGCGCGACAAUGUCAGCCAUCCGCAAGUGCUGUAAAGCUGAAUCUACUUUGCCAGGAUCAGCUACAGGAACGUUAGUCGCUUCGCCCGAUUGGAGUCAAUUUCACGCAUCUUUAGCUCUUUUAAAGGCUUGCGGUACCCUUGAAAGCCAACUUUGUACGAUUGACGGUCGGCUGCGCGUUCGCAUGCGUGAGCAACUUGCCCAAUUUUUCGGCGAGACGUCGGGGUCUUCAUCGCCGCGCAGCCGUCGCAAGAAAAUACAUGAUGAACUAAGUGUCGCGCUAGCCGAUCUCGUGGACCCAACAAAACUUGUAGCAGCCGUAUCAAAAGCAUGGCUUCAUGAUGAGGAUUCGACCCGACAGUCCCGAUUUCAUCAGUUUGAAAUGGAGCUGCUGGAUCAAUCAGUGGAAUCGUCAGGGCUGGACGCUGCUGUAUCUCGCUACCCAACUGCAAAGAUGCUCGAUGAAGCUCAGCGUGCCGUGCGUUCAUGGACAAGAGAGGCGCAGCUUCUCACACACGACACAGUAUUCCUACCUAUCGCGCGUGUACUGGACACACUUCCUACCAACGAGAUUUGGGGUAAGGUGCCGGACGCAGCUCUGGGAGACCUACCGGUCUUCAGUAUGCUCCCACAAGACUACAUUACAAUGGUGGCUGACCUCUUGCUGUCGCUUUUACCGCAACUUGAGCCCUUUGCAAAAAGCAGCAGUCUCGAGAGCGCCUUUGUGGCCUCGCGUGGAGCACAGGAAGCGUGUGUUCAGCGUGAGUGGACUCGCUUAGGUCAAAUCCUCCAACUGACACCCCCUGAACUCUUGUCGUGCCAGCGGAUUUUUGGUUUGGAUGGCAAGACUGCUGUCUCGGAACCAGUACCAACGGCGACAGAGUUUGUGGACCUGUGGACGACGGCAGUGGCCAGCAGCACGCUAGCUGCCUUUUUGCGUGCGGUGUGUUCCAUUUCGAUGUUGUCGGAAAUGGGUGCACAGCAGUUGGCUGCUGAUCUGGGCUACUUCCACAAUGUAUUGAGCGCCGUGGGCGGUGAGGGCAAUUUCAUUGUAAAUGACCUUCGAUGUGCACUAGAGAUGGACCUGCAGGCCAAUAUCCAUCACGUCGAAGAGCUACAGGCUGACCAUGACAGUCCUGAGAACCAAGCGUUGGCUAAAUUGAACGACUGCAUAGUCACCAUGCGCCAGCGUGCGCUAGAACAGUCUCACCAAUCGUCCUAG